ACUCUAGUAGUUUAUGGUCAUGGCUGGAUCAUUCCUGGGAGUCCAGCGCAGUGACGCCGAGCUCUUUAAACCUCUCAGUCUGUUCAGCUCUGCUCCCUGUUCGCCUCACAGCCCGGACCAGAGCCCGGACCAGAACCCGGACCAGAGCCCGGACCAGAAAGCUGCUCCACCUCCCUGUCUUCAUAUCUGGGACACAUUCGAGUCCAUGAGUCUCCGGGUGGACCGGAGCCUCCGGACCCACUGACCCCCUGGAUCAGAGCGCACGCUUUACGCACGCUUUACGCAAACUCCGCUGAAGUGUGUCACUCCCCGCGGGCCUGGCACUGCCCCUCCGCUCCGCUCCUCCGCUCCUUUUCUCUUUUUUUCGGUCUUUUCUUCUCUUCCCACUCCCGUCCAGCUAUAAAAGAAGGAGCCAUGAUGAGCAACAGCGGCUUCCUGGAGCCGCAGCACUUCUACCAGAGCAGCGCGGACCUCGGCGAGGAGGAGGAGGAGGAGGAGGAGAUGCCGGCCACCGAGAAGGACCUGGCUGAGGACGCUCCGUGGAAGAAGAUCCAGCAGAACACAUUCACCAGGUGGUGCAACGAGCACCUGAAGGUCAUCAACAAGCGGAUCAACGACCUGCAGAAGGACCUGAGCGACGGCCUGAAGCUCAUCGGGCUCCUGGAGGUGCUGAGCCAGAAGAAGAUGUUCAGGAAGUACCACUCCAGACCCAACUUCAGGCAGAUGAAGCUGGAGAACGUGUCCGUGGCGCUGGAGUUCCUGGAGAGGGAGCACAUCAGGCUGGUGUCCAUCGACUCUAAAGCCAUCGUGGACGGGAACCUGAAGCUGAUCCUGGGUCUGAUCUGGACCCUGAUCCUCCACUACUCCAUCUCCAUGCCCAUGUGGGAGGACGAGGACGACGAGGACGCCAAGAAGCUCACCCCCAAACAGCGUCUGCUGGGCUGGAUCCAGAACAAGGUGCCCCAGCUCCCCAUCACCAACUUCCACCGGGACUGGAGGGACGGGAAGGCCCUGGGGGCUCUGGUGGACAACUGUGCCCCCGGUCUCUGUCCAGACUGGGAAACAUGGGAUCCCAGUCAGCCGGUGGAGAACGCCAGAGAGGCCAUGCAGCAGGCAGACGACUGGCUGGGAGUCCCACAGGUGAUCGCUCCAGAGGAGAUCGUCGACCCGAACGUGGACGAGCACUCGGUCAUGACCUACCUGUCUCAGUUCCCCAAAGCCAAACUGAAGCCCGGGGCCCCUCUGAGGGCCAAGACGCUGCACCCGAAGAGGGCCAAGGCCUUCGGACCAGGCAUCGAGCCUCGAGGGAACAUGGUUCUGAAGCCAGCUGAGUUCCUGGUGGAGACGGUGGAGGCCGGACUGGGUGAGGUUCUGGUUUACGUGGAGGAUCCUGAAGGACACACGGAGGAGGCCAGAGUGAUCCCCAACAACGACAAGAACCGGACCUACGCCGUGGUCUACCUGCCCAAAGUGGAGGGGCUUCAUAGGGUGAAGGUGCUGUUUGCUGGACAGGACAUCGACAGAAGUCCCUUCAUGGUGAACGUCUCGAAGGCCAUGGGCGACCCGACCAGAGUUCAGGCCCGCGGGCCGGGGCUGCAGGCGUCAGGGAACGUGGCCAACAAACCGACAUACUUUGAUAUUUACACUGCAGGGGCGGGUGCCGGAGACGUGGGCGUCAUCAUUGUGGACUCCAACGGUCGCAGGGACACAGUGGAGAUUGUCCUGGAGAACAAAGGCGACAGUAUAUUUCGGUGCACCUAUGUUCCGGUCCUGGAGGGUCCGCACACCGUCUACGUGACCUUCGCUGGGCAGCAGAUUCCCAGAAGUCCGUUCACCGUCCACAUCUCAGAGGUUUCACAGAGCGGCCCCCCUCCUGGGUCUCCGGUGCAUGUUGUACCUCAGUCCAUACGCACCCCACCCUCAGACAAGACAAGGAGAGCCCCCCCUCCAACACCACCCAAAACCAAGCGACCAACCUGUAACCCGAACGCCUGCCGAGCUUCGGGCCGAGGUCUCCAGCCGAAGGGUCUGAGGAUGAAGGAGGUGGCAGAUUUUAAAGUUUACACUAAAGGAGCCGGAAGUGGAGAACUGAAAGUCACCGUGAAGGGACCAAAGGGCCUGGAGGAGCCAGUGAAGGUGCAGGAGUUGGAACAUGGCGUCUAUGAGUGUAAUUAUUACCCCAUCACGACAGGAAAAUAUGUGGUAACCAUCACUUGGGGAGGACACAGCAUCCCACGCAGUCCAUUCGAGGUCCAGGUGAGCGAAGAGGCGGGGCCUCAGAAGGUGAGGGCCUGGGGUCCUGGUCUGGAAACCGGCAUGGUUGGAAAGAGCGCUGACUUUGUGGUGGAGGCCAUCGGCACUGAAGUGGGAACUCUUGGUUUCUCCAUUGAAGGUCCGUCUCAGGCGAAGAUCGAGUGCGACGACAAAGGCGACGGUUCGUGUGAUGUUCGGUACUGGCCGACUGAACCGGGAGACUACGCCGUCCACGUCAUAUGUGAUGACGAGGACAUCAAGGACAGUCCCUUCAUGGCUCACAUCCUCCCUGCUGCCAGCGAUGUCUUCCCUGAGAAGGUGAAGUGUUACGGUCCAGGUCUGGAGCCUCUCGGCUGCAUCGUCAACAAACCGGCGGACUUCACCAUCGACACCUGUGGAGCCGGCCGAGGAGAGCUGAAGCUGUACGCUCAGGACGCAGAAGGUUUCCCCAUCGACAUUCAGAUCACAGAUAACGGAGACAGCACCUUCUUCUGUGUUUACAUUCCCACCAAACCCAUCAAACACACCAUCAUCAUCACCUGGGGCGAAGUCAACGUCCCCAACAGCCCCUUCAGGGUGGCCAUCGGAGAGGGCAGCCAUCCGGAGAACGUGAAGGUUUACGGUCCAGGGGUUGAGAAGACGGGACUGAAGGCCAACGAGCCGACCUACUUCACCGUGGACUGCAGCGAGGCCGGACAGGGAGACGUCAGCAUCGGGAUCAAAUGCGCUCCGGGCGUGGUCGGACCCGCGGAGGCCGACAUUGACUUCGACAUCAUCAAGAACGAUAACGACACGUUCACGGUGAAGUACAUGCCUCCAGGUCCCGGCCAGUACACCAUCAUGGUGCUGUUCGCCGAUCAGGAAAUCCCUAUCAGCCCCUUCAGAAUAAAAGUGGAUCCUUCUCAUGACGCAGCUAAAGUCCGAGCAGAAGGACCUGGACUCAACAGGACCGGUGUGGAGGCGGGUAAACCCACUCACUUCACCAUCUACACUAAAGGAGCCGGUAAAGCCAAACCUGAGGUUCAUUUCACUGGAGCAGUUAAAGGCGAAGCCGUGCGAGACUUUGAGAUCAUCGACAACCACGACUACUCGUACACCGUCCGCUACACGGCGGUGCAGCAGGGGAACAUGUCCAUCACCGUGUGUCACGGAGGAGACCCCAUCCCUAAAAGUCCAUUCAGCAUCAGCGUGGCGCCUCCACUGGACCUCAGCAAGGUCAAAGUCCAGGGGAUGAACAACAAAGUGGACGUGGGGAAGGACCAGGAGUUCUCCAUCAGUACCCGCGGUGCCGGGGGUCAGGGCAAACUGGACGUUAAGAUCACGUCUCCGUCGCGCCGACCAAUCCCCUGCAAGCUGGAGUCCGGCACAGCCAAUGAGCUUCACACUGUGAAGUACAUCCCCCCAGAGGAAGGACCGUACCGGGUGGACAUCAGCUACGACGGGAACCCCGUCCCAGGAAGUCCGUUCACCGUGGAGGGUGUCAUGCCCCCCGACCCCUCGAAGGUGCGAGCCUAUGGUCCAGGUCUUCAGGGGGGUGUGGUGGGUAAACCGGCCCCCUUUGCCAUUGACACGAAGGGUGCCGGUACCGGAGGUCUGGGCCUGACGGUGGAGGGACCCUGCGAGGCCAAGAUCGAAUGUCAGGACAAUGGGGACGGGUCGUGCUCCGUGUCCUACCUGCCUACCGAGCCGGGCGAGUACGCCAUCAACAUCCUGUUUGCAGACCAGCACAUCCCCGGGUCCCCCUUCAAGGCCGUGGUCCAGUCGGUGUUCGACCCCAGCAAGGUGACGGCCAGCGGCCCCGGUCUGGAGAGAGGCAAGGUCAACGAGGACGGGUCCUUCACGGUGGACUGCUCCAAAGCCGGAGAGGCCGAGCUCACCAUCGAGAUCGAGUCCGACUCCGGAGCCAAAGCUGAGGUUCACGUCCAGAACAACAGCGACGGGACGUACUCCAUCACCUACAUCCCCCAGAGCCACGGCAUGUACACCAUCACCAUCAAGUAUGGAGGACACACGGUGCCCAAGUUCCCGGCCCGACUACAGGUCGACCCGGCGAUCGACACCAGCGGGGUGAAGGUCUACGGACCAGGAGUGGAACCCAGAGGCGUCUUGAGGGAAGUGACAACACAUUUCAUUGUGGACGCUCGUGCUCACUACAAGAGCGGUGGCAGCCAAAUCAAAGCCGGCAUCUCCAACCCAUCCGGCGCCAACACCGACGCCUACAUCACCGACAAGGGAGACGGGACCUACAGGGUGGAGUACACCCCCUACGAGGACGGUCUGCAUCUGAUCGAGGUUCUGUUUGACGACGUCUCGGUUCCUAAGAGUCCGUUCAGGGUGUCCGUGACCGAGGGCUGUGACCCGAGCCGAGUCCGAGCCUACGGGCCGGGUCUGGAGGAGGGACUGGUCAACAAACCAAACCGCUUCACAGUCGAGACCAGGGGGGCUGGGACCGGAGGUCUUGGUCUGGCUAUUGAGGGUCCGUCUGAGGCCAAGAUGUCCUGUAAGGACAACAAAGAUGGCAGCUGCAGCGUGGAGUACAUCCCCUUCACACCUGGAGAAUACGAUGUGAACAUCACCUUUGGAGGCCUCCCCAUCCCAGGAAGUCCGUUCCGGGUCCCGGUCCGGGAGCUGGUGGACCCCAGUAAGGUGAGGUGUUCGGGUCCCGGCCUCGGCGUUGGAGUCCGAGCUCACGUCCCUCAGACCUUCACGGUGGACAGCAGCAAAGCCGGCGUGGCCCCCCUAGAGGUCCAGCUCUACGGGCCGGCAGGUGUGGCCGAGCCCGUCAGCAUCACAGAUAACGGUGACGGGACGCACACGGUGAACUACACCCCCGCCCACGACGGCCCGUACACCGUGUGCGUGAAGUACGCCGAGCAGGAAGUCCCUCGCAGUCCCUUCAAGAUCAAGACGUUACCGGCUCACGACGCCAGUAAAGUCCGAGCCAGCGGCCCCGGUCUGAACGCCUCGGGGGUUCCUGCCAGUCUGCCCGUGGAGUUCACCAUCGACGCCAGGGAUGCUGGAGAGGGUCUGCUCACGGUCCAGAUCCUGGGUCCGGGCGGCUCCAGGCGAGAGACGUCCCUGUGGGUGGAGGACUGGGGACGGAGGGUUUGGGACGCUCACAUAGUGAAGAGAACCAUCCCCUUCAGUAUUCUGAAGAGAGGCUGUGACCCGGAGGGGAAACCCAAGAAGGCCAACAUCCGGGACAACCGAGACGGGACGUACACGGUGUCCUACGUCCCAGACAUGGCCGGACGUUACACCAUCACCAUCAAAUACGGGGGAGACGAGAUCCCGUACUCCCCCUAUCGCAUCCACGCCCUCCCCACCGGGGACGCCAGCAAGUGCCUGGUCACAGUGUCCAUUGGAGGACAUGGACUCGGUUCGGGCAUCGGGCCGACCAUCCAGAUCGGAGAGGAGACGGUCAUCACCGUGGACGCUAAGGCCGCUGGGAAAGGUAAAGUCACCUGUAAGGUGUCCACGCCGGACGGAGCGGAGCUGGACGUGGACGUGGUGGAGAACCCCGACGGGACGUUUGACAUCUACUACACGGCCCCGGAGCCGGGGAAGUACGUCAUCACCAUCCGGUUCGGAGGGGAACAGAUUCCCAACAGCCCCUUCCACGUGGUGGCAGGUGACUCCGUCCCAGUAGUGGAGGAGCCGUGUGACAGGUUACAGCCGACCUACUCUCCCUACGUAGGCUUCCCCCCUCCCUGGGCCACCGAUGAUCCCAUCAGCCCUGCAGACGUGACCGAGCCGAUCCUGCGUCCUUUCAGUCUGGUCAUUCCCUUCACGGUGCAGAAAGGAGAGAUCACAGGUGAAGUGCGAAUGCCGUCAGGGCGAACAGCUCAUCCUCACAUCACCGACAACAAGGACGGAACCGUCACCGUGAAAUAUUCACCAACAGAACGAGGUCUACAUGAGAUGGACAUCAAAUACGAAGGAAACCACAUCCCAGGAAGUCCUCUCCAGUUCUACGUUGAUGCUAUUAACAGUGGUCAUGUGACAGCGUAUGGUCCUGGUCUGAGCCACGGCACCGUGAACCGUCCGGCCACGUUCACCAUCGUCACCAAAGACGCUGGAGAAGGUGGUUUGUCUCUGGCCGUGGAAGGUCCGUCUAAAGCAGAGAUCAGCUGUAAGGACAACAAAGACGGGACGUGUACGGUGUCCUACCUGCCCACCGCCCCCGGAGACUACAACAUCAUCGUCAAGUUCGACGAUAAACAUAUUCCUGGAAGCCCCUUCACCUCCAAGAUCACCGGAGACGAGUCCACGAGGACGUCCCAGCUCAACGUUGGAACGUCCACAGACGUGUCCCUGAAGAUCACGGAGACGGACCUGAGCAGCCUGAUGGCGAUAAUCAGAGCGCCGUCCGGACACGAGGAGCCGUGUCUCCUCAAGAGACUCCCCAACAGACACAUCGGGAUCUCCUUCACUCCGAAGGAAGUGGGUGAACAUGUGGUGAGCGUGAAGAAGAACGGGAAGCACGUGACCAACAGUCCCUUCAAGAUCAUGGUGGGACAGUCUGAGAUCGGGGACGCCUCUAAGGUCAAAGUCCACGGGCAGGGACUGGUGGAGGGACACACCUUCGAGGUGGCCGAGUUCAUGGUGGACACCAGGAACGCAGGUUACGGGGGACUGGGUCUGUCCAUCGAGGGUCCCAGCAAAGUGGACAUCAACUGUGAGGACCAGGAGGACGGAACCUGCAAAGUCACCUACUGUCCCACCGAGCCGGGGAACUACAUCAUCAACAUCAAGUUCGCCGACCAACACGUCCCAGGGAGUCCGUUCACCGUGCGGGUUCUGGGGGAGGGCCGGGUGAAGGAGAGCAUCACCAGGAGGCGCCAGGCUCCGUCCAUCGCCACCGUGGGAAGCACAUGUGACCUGAACCUCAAGAUCCCAGGGAACUGGUUUCAGAUGGUCUCGGCUCAGGACCGUCUGACCCGGACCUUCACCCGGAGCAGUCACACCUACACCCGGACCGAGAGGACGGAGAUCAGCAAGACCAGGGCCGGGGAGACCAAGAGGGAGGUCCGGGUGGAGGAGAGCACCCAGGUCGGAGGACAUCCCUUCAGGGACGUCUUCGGAGACUUCCUGGGACGGGACAAUCUGGGCGGGUUCUCCGGGACUAUCCAGGACGGUGAGGGGGGUAACCAGGAGAUGACGGCCCAUGUGACCAGCCCCGGGGGGAAGAUGGAGGACGCUGAGAUCAUCCGGGGGGAGGACAGCACCUACAGCGUUCGCUUCGUCCCGCAGGAGAUGGGCCCCCACACGGUGAACGUGAAGUACCGGGGGCAGCACGUCCCUGGGAGCCCCUUCCAGUUCACCGUGGGGCCCCUGGGGGAGGGGGGCGCCCACAAGGUCCGAGCAGGAGGAACCGGCCUGGACCGGGGGGUGGCAGGAAUCCCAGCCGAGUUCAGCAUCUGGACCCGAGAGGCCGGAGCCGGAGGUCUGUCCAUCGCCGUGGAGGGACCCAGCAAGGCCGAGAUCAGCUUCGAAGACAGGAAGGACGGGUCCUGUGGGGUGGCCUACGUGGUGCAGGAGCCCGGUGAUUAUGAGAUCUCCAUUAAAUUCAACGAUGAACACAUCCCAGACUCGCCCUUCAUCGUCCCGGUGGCCACGCUCUCCGACGACGCCCGGCGCCUCACCAUCACCAGCCUGCAGGAGAUGGGUCUGAAGGUGGGUCAGGAGGCCUCGUUUGCGGUCCAGCUGAACGGAGCCAGAGGUUUGAUCGAUGCUAAGAUCCACACGCCGUCCGGAGCCAUCGAGGAGUGUUUCAUCACCGAGCUGGAAAACGACCAGUACGCUAUCAGGUUCAUCCCCAGAGAGAACGGCGUUCAUUCCAUAGAUGUUCGUUUCAACGGCAGCCAUGUUCCCGGCAGUCCCUUCAAAAUCCGAGUGGGAGAACCGGGACAGGUCGGAGACCCAGGAAUGGUGUCUGCCUUCGGACCAGGACUGGAGGGAGGAACCACAGGCGUGGCGUCAGAUUUCAUUGUCAACACGUGUAACGCGGGAUCAGGAGCUCUGUCCGUGACCAUCGACGGACCGUCCAAGGUGAAGAUGGACUGUCAGGAGUGUCCCGAGGGGUACAAGGUCUCCUACACCCCCAUGGCCCCUGGAAACUACAUGAUCUCCAUCAAGUAUGGAGGCCCCCAACACAUCGUAGGCAGCCCCUUCAAGGCCAAAGUCUCAGGUCCUCAUCUUUCUGGAGGACACAGUCUUCACGAGACGUCCUCUGUUCUGGUGGAAACCGUCUCCAAGUCUUCGGCGGUGGGCGGGGCCUUCACCUCGUUGCCCACGUUCUCGUCAGACGCCAGUAAAGUCAUCUCCCGCGGCGCCGGCCUGUCCAAGGCCUUCGUCGGUCAGAAGAACGCCUUCACGGUCGACUGCAGCAAAGCAGGAACCAACAUGUUGAUGGUCGGCGUCCACGGGCCCAAGACGCCGUGCGAGGAGGUGUACGUCAAACACAUGGGCAACAGGAUGUACAACGUCACCUACACGGUCAAAGAGCAGGGCAGCUACAUCCUCAUCGUCAAGUGGGGGGACGAGAACGUCCCCGGGAGUCCCUUCCACGUCACCGUCCCUUAAAGACCCCCCCCCGUCCUCUCCCCAGACCUGGACCCCCCCCACCCUCCCAUCCUCAGGCCCCGGGAGUCUGGAUCAACCCGGGUUCUGUUUUCAGUGUGUGGAGUUAAGAUCUGUUUUAGAUGGAGUCUGUAGAUAAAUAUGAUCCGUGUUCGUCUCUCUCCCGUCCUUCCCCUUAAAUGUUCCUGUCCAUUAUAUUUCACAUGUUUCCUCUGGGUCUUUCUGGAUGUAAAGACGUCGGCGUUUUUUGAAUGAACUCCUCGGAGCUGAGCGACGCCACGUCUCAACAAACUCUGCUGUGACUUUUUUAUUUAUUUUCUUUGACAGAAAAAAAAAAACGUCUUAUUAUUGUCGAGAAGCAGCUUGGUGUUUUUGAUCAGUUUUUUAUUACCACAGAAGAAGAAGGAGGAGGAGGAGGAGGAGGUGACGGAGGAGGAGGAGGAGGAGGUGAAGUAGUGCAGUGAAGAGGUUUAUGUUGUGAAUGUUGAAGGAUGAUGAAGCUGAUGAUCCCUGAUAUUACAGAGGGACGUUUUAUAGUGAUUUUCUAUGCAUCCGACUGGAAAACAGUUUGUUAACCUUCAGUGAGAUUGUGCAGGCAUAAUAAAAGUUUAUCUACCACCAAA